GGUGCAUUCCAUGGGAGAACAUUUGGAGCUCUGACGACAACACAUUCCAAGCCGAUUCACAAACUUGACAUUCCUGCAUUUGACUGGCCCAUUGCUUCAUUCCCGAUUUACAAGUACCCCUUGGAAGAGUUCAAGACAGAAAAUGAGGCUGAGGAUCGGAGGUGCUUAGAAGAGGUUCAAUGUCUCAUAGAGCAACGCGAGAACACUGGGAAAGAUGUUGCAGGGGUUGUCAUUGAACCAAUACAAUGCGAAGGAGGGGAUCAUCAUCCAUCCACAAAUUUCAUGCAGAAAUUGCAAGCAAUAACCAAGAAGGCGGAUGUUGGGUUCCUUGUGGAUGAAGUCCAGACAGGUUGUGGUAGCACAGGGAAAAUGUGGUGUCACGAGCACUACCAUUUGGAUGGCCCACCUGACAUUGUCACAUUCAGCAAGAAAAUGCUUACCGGUGGCUUUUACCUCUCCAAAAAAUACAGGCCGAAACAAGGGUACAGAGUCUUCAACACCUGGAUGGGGGACCCUGGGAAGAUGCUGCUCUUGGAGGCUGUUUUGCAGACAAUCAAGACUGAGAAUCUUUUGGACAAUGUGACAAAAACUGGCAAUCACCUCCUCAAGGGUCUCGAGGAUCUUCAAGCUCGCUAUCCACAGUAUCUCAAUUCAGCUAGAGGACUAGGAUUCAUUGUUUCUGUCAACUGUUUCACUGCUCUGCGCAGAGACAAAUUCAUGCAUAAGUUGAGGAAACGAGGUGUCCAUGUCGGUGGUUGCGGCGUUGACGUGCUUCGACUGAGACCGGCUCUCAACUUCACCCAACACCAUGCGGACAUUUUGUUGGACUCGCUGAAGAGUGUGCUUGCAGAAGAAGCUGGUUGAAAGGAUGAGGAGAAGAAUCAGAAGAGGAUGAAGAAAAAUUGUACUCCUUGUUUCCGUCAUUUUGUGGUAAUUGGCUUCCAUAUGCGUUUUAAAAUGAAGACAUUUCCUCAACUCGGGUGCUUCCAAUCAAUGGCGGGAAUGUGUUGCUGCUCAUUGUUCCCUGUUUUAUUCCUUGAAAAUUCAUUCAGGCAUUGCUUGCCUUUUUACGCGCCGCGGAAUUGUGUCUUCCUUGAAUGCUAGGUAUAUAUAGCCAUACUUCAUCAUCCAAUGUUCGCCCAGGUAUAUAUAUAUAUUUGUGCAAUAUGGUCUUCCAACCGAAUUUGAGUCAUUAUAUAUUGGCGAGGAAUCUUGAAGAGAAAUGUGUGUGGAGCAUCAGCAAAUGUGUAAUAGAAAGCAAAAUGGGAAGUGCUGCAGGUUUUUUUUUGCGUUUGUUUUUUCAUCAAUUGUGCUGCUGAACUGCGUAGCAUUUGUAGAAGGAACGUGUGUUUGAUGACAUUUUAUGGGAUGUGUUGAGGACGAAAUGAACCUUCUUGUGUUGGGUA